AUGGAAAUGAAAGAGAUUGCUAAGCACAAGACACUAUGGAAAAUGAACUCAACCAGUGAACCUUUAUUAGUGACUGGUGUAGAAGUUAAUCCUUUGAAGAAAUUCACCAUUCCCAAGAUUAGGAGGACAGCUGAGAAAGUUUACUUGUCAUCUUGUUGCACCAAUACUAGAGAGUAUAGUUUCAUACACGAUACUCUUAACCAGUGUCGGCUUGAUAUAAGCUGUGAUCUACAGUCUUCAUGGCAGUUUGGGGAUACAAAACUGGUUCAUAAUGAGGAUCUGGAAAAAAAUUUUACUUCUAAGAGGGCGGAGAUGCGUGAGAGUGGAAGACAUGGCAGAGAACUUGAAGAACAUUUCUGCUUUUUAGCACUUCCUCAGAGUGAUGUGGCUGAGAUAUAUCAGAAUGGAAUAAGUACCAAAGCAUCUACAUUGAAGAUAUUAGGAAAUCCUCUUCUUGGAAUUUAUAUAUUUAGACAUGUUGAUGUUGCCUUGAAUUAUGCUCAUACUAGAAGCAUUACUGUAGAAAGUAUUAUAAUUUUUAAGGUUCUCUUUGGAAAAGUGAAGAAAAUUCAGCCUUCAGUGGAUAAAAACAAAGUUUCUUUGGAUCCCUCUCCUAACUUUGAUUGCCAUAUGUCAAGAAGUACACCUUCUCUGAAAGAUACCAUUGAGCUACAAGCCUACAGUUCAGCAGUAUACUUCUAUGAAUACAAUGUUUUUUCAAAGCCAGUAGAUAAACCUAGACAGUGUCUUCCAUAUGCAAUUAUAACAGUAAAAUUUAUUGGUCAAAAAGUAGAUAAUGGGCACCUUAUGACAUCCUUGAGAUUCCUCUCAACGGGAUUUCCUAAGAGGGCUGAAAGAACAUGCUCUCUGAAUAACUGUACAGUGGCCAAAAGGAUUGGAAAAGGAAAAGAUGCUACAGUCAUCUUUGAGCAUUUCAGGAAACCUGUAGAUCCAUUUGUUCAGGAAAACUGUUCAUGCAAUGCACUAAAUUUAGAGAUAAAUCCUUCCAGCUCAAAUAUUUCUAAUUCCUAUGGAAAUGUGCAAAGUGGGAACAUUUCUGCACUUGAAACAUGCAGUGGACACAUGGAUUACAAUUUAACAGAAUGUAGAGACACUUCUCAAGUACAUGCAUAUGAUUCAGGUCUUUCACUUAUUCCCAGUGAUACCAGAGAAAGUAUUAGUGAUGAUCUCUUGUUAAAUUGGACGCAUCUUAAAAAUAUUUUAAGUAGUCUUUCUGGUGCUUUUCCCCUUUAUAAUAAUGCUGGCUCGAGCACAGUUAUUACUUCAAAACUCAUCAAAGACCCAAGACUGAUGAGGAGAGAAGAAAGCAUGAGAAAACAUAAUAUGACAGCUUUAAAUGAGCUUUUGCCAUUUGGGAAGAGUUUAGAUUUUGUUAAUCCAGAAAUAAACCUGUCUGUGCCAACUAAUUCUGCCUCCUCAUCUGAAGUCAUGCCUGGUGACCAUGCUAUUCUUAGGAAUUGUUUGGAUACCUCUUGCUUCAAAAUUUCUUUUGAUGAUUCACAAUCUCAGACUCACAAAAUGGGCUCUAAGAACUGUGAUUAUACAACUUCCAAUAAAAUUACCAUGGAAGGACAUUGUCAGGGCCAAGACAAUUUUCCAUUUCCAAUGUGUCUGUCAAAUGUCAUUUCAGAAGUUGAAAACCAAAAACACAGUGAGGAAAAAGCCCAGCAAUCUCAACAGAGAAUCAACAUCCCACUUUUAAUGGAACAAAAUAGUGAGCCAUUUAACUCUUAUAAAUCAGUGAAUACUUGUACAAAAGGGUAUAAUAGUCACAUUUCUCAGGAAUCACAGUCUUCUAAUUUAAAAACUAUAUAUCAGACUGGUCACCAGAUGUCUACAGUUUUUUCAUUCCAAGGGAAAGAAAGCAUACCUGAGUACAUUCAAAAUAUUGGAAAGGUGAGAAGCUUCACUGGCCCAGAAGACAAUUCCAGAUAUGGAAGAGAGCAAAAUUUGUGGAAAGAAAUUCAUAAUUAUUGUGCUAAUGAAACAAAAACCAGUCCAGUAGAUAGUUACAUUUCUUUGCACCAAGAAUACGAAGAGGAUGAGAGUCUUCAUUCUUUUGAGAAAGACUAUGAUCAAAUAUUAAUCACUCGGGAUUUAGAAAUAUCAAAACCUUCCGCAUCUACUACAAAGGAAAAGUAUGAGUUAGAUUGUCUAGCAUUGGAAUUACAAAGUAAUCCUACUGCAAGAGUGGAGAGCCUUUCACAAAAGCAUCUUCAAUACUCUUUGGCAUAUGAAGGUAACAUUCAUACAAGUUUUGCCAUUUCUCAGAAACUAAUGGAACAGAAGUUGGAAAAACCAAAUCAGAAGAACUGUGUUAGCAUUGUAACUGAUGCUUUCCAGGAAGCAAAAGACAUUCUCCAAACCAAAGAAUUGCCCCUUGGUACAGUUACUUCAUCUCAUGACAUUAAAAUAGCUCAUGACAAUUCAAAUUGCAACAUAGCUAGAGAAAAUAUGUAUGUCCAUAGGAAAAAUGAAAAUGAUCCAGUGUCAUUAGAGAACAUUCAGAGAGACAGCAAAGGAACCCCUCAAAUUGAUGAUAAAGGUCAAGAUCAUACUCUGUUCUGUUAUGCACAGUUGAAUAAUGAUAUACACCUGAAUACUGAUUUCAGAGAACAAAGAAAUAAUAACGAAAACCAAAAUGAGGCUAAAGAGAAAGAUACUGUUUCAUCUACAGAAAACAACAUAGCAAAUAUAUGCAGAAAUGAGGAGCAAAGUUUUCAUACAAACAAAAAUUUCACCAAUAUGGAUGAAAGGAGGGAGAAUACAAAUUACAAUAGUGUAGAAUUUCUGAGUUCUGAAGAAUUUUCUACCAUGUUUAAUCUGACUUGGAAAAAAUAUGCAUCACCAGAAACUGCAUUAUUAGAAACUGAAGAUACUAUCACUGCCAUAAAACAAGAAGAUACUCAAAAUACCAGAAGGAAUAUAAAGCCUUUGGCUUCCAUAUUUCCCAAAAUUGCAGGUUCUUCAGUGCAUGUAGACUCAAAUGCUGUAGUCCAGAUAACUGGUACUAUAGUGCCCUCAGACACAAAUCAUGAAUACCAAAGAUACCAGUUUAAAGAAACUUGUUCUUCUGAGUUUCCAGAUUUCCAUUUGUUAGUAAAACACAGGGUUUCUAAUUGUGAAAUGGAUAUAGAUAAAAAUAAAUUAAAUGAGUCUUUUCAUCAUUCAUUAAGUGACAACUUAGUUCUUCAAAGUUUUGAAUUGGAAAAUGAGAUUGAAAUAGGAUCAGAACAGUGUGAUGAUGCUUUUCUGUUUCGACAAGAUACUCCUAGCCAUGGAAAUACACUAUAUGAAGAAUUUAGGGCCUCAUAUGAGGCUCUGAAGUCUCGUAUUGAUUGGGAAGGUCUUUUAGGAAGCAAUAAUGGGGAGAAGGAAGUUUUGAAAAGCACCACAAGAAGAGAGAACAAUGAUCAGCAUUACUCUGAGGAAAGUAAUUGUUUUUAUCCCUCUAUACAAAAAAACAAAACAGAGUUCUUCAACCCAAUUUUACUUCCAGAUCUACAAGUUAGAAUUACUAAUAUAGUUAUGCCAGAAUUCAGUGCCACUAUUAAAUCCCUUGCAAUGAAAGAUAAUUUUGAUAAAUAUGUAACUGAAGCCAGAAAAACAGAAAUAAAUGAGGAGGAGAAAGUUCCAGGAUUUGAAAUUUAUUCCCAGUGUUCUGGUGAAAAUUCAGAUUAUCCUUGUGAAGAUGAAUUUGGUAAUAUAAGGCAAGAAUCGAGACUAGUGAAUAAGUCAGAAAUCUCACUUUCUUUCGACUUGAGUCAUAAUACACACAUGAAUCACAUGCCUGAAGAACAAAACAGUGGAACUUUGCUUACUGAAUCUUCUAAUGCCACAACAAUAAGUAACAAAAGCAUAUAUCCCCUUACAGAGUCAAAAACUGAUUAUAAUGAUACUAGAAGUAAAAAGGACACAGAAUCAAGAAUUAGCAAAAGAAAGCCACAUACACCUUUUAGGGACCAGAACAUACCACGUAAUGACCUAAGACAUCAUGAAAUUUGUGAAAAGAGGAGGAGGCUAACCAGUCCAGACGCAUUUGAAUGUUUUUCUUCAUUAUCUGAAGGACGAAUUAAAACCUUUUCAAGGUCAGAAAAACACAUUAGGAGUGUUUUGGAUAUUCUAAACAGUGAAGCAUCUUUAUGUAAAAGCAAACGUCUUUCCAAAAAACUUGACAGAGCUGUUCUUCACUUAAAAAAAGCUCAUAGAAGAGUUCACACAUCUUUGCAGCUUAUAGCUAAAGUGGGAGAAAAAAGAAAGAGCCCAUUACCAAAAGCAUAUGCAAUAAUAUGCAAUAAUUUCUGGGAAAGUUGUGACCUUCAAGGUUAUAGUUCUUUUUCUGAAAGAAGAUACUAUUCCACUAAGCAUUUUUUGUCAAAAAGAAAAAAUGACAAACCUGGAGAGAAAAGAGCUUUGGAAUAUGAAGUUGAUAAAUCAUUAACUCAUGUAUCAAAGUACAAGACUUACAAAACAAAUGGAGAGAGAAUAACAAAGUGCUUUUCUAAGAAAAAUGUGUCCAGCAGUGUCUCAAGAAGUCACACCACUAUUCACGUGACAGAAUUUUGUGAUCAAGAAUACCCUGAGUCACAGUUAUCCCUGUGCUCCUCAUCCCAAAGUACAAGUCAGUCGGCUUAUGACACAAGCAGUAAGAGAAAUCCAAGAUCAUCUGAACUUCAACCCUCUUCUGGAAACAUUGGGUGCCUCUUUUCCCCAGACUGCCCAGAUGAGAAACUAACCGAAAAAGAAAAUCAAAUUGACAUAAAGUCUUUGUCUAACAUUAGUAAAUAUGAAAAGCUUGAGAACCAUUCAGAACAUAAUGAAGAUGCAAUAAAAGACAAUGUCGAGGCUACUGAAAUAAUAAAUAAAAGUAAUUCAGUAUCUUUAAGAUGCAUAAAUGAAAACAAUUUAAGUUUUAGCACAGACAAAAAUUAUGAUGCAGCUUGUAUAGCUCACACAGAGGUGAAAACUGACAUAGUUAUUUCAGUCUUAGAAUCAAAUGUGAAGCACUUUUUAAACGUUGAUAUCUACAAACCAGAUAACCUUAUUUUAUCUGGUUAUAAAAGAAACCUGGAAGUAGAUCUUCCUGCAGAAAAAUGGACAGCUCCUAAUGAGAGCUCCAAACCAGGCGCUAUUACAGGAAGCAUCCUUAUGGACCCAUUAAAUCUAACUCCAGUGACAAGCAAAAAGUGUUACAGUAUUCCUCAAUUGUUGUCAACUGCUCCAAUGACAGAUAGUGAGAGAGAAUCUUCGAAAUCUUAUUUGGAGAAACAGGGAAGUUUUGCUGUAGAUUCUUUUGCAGCAUCCACCAAUGUACCACACUGUCAGCAAGGAUGUGGUGGAAAGGAGCAGGAGCUUCUUAAGACAGAACAGUCCUCUCCAAGUAGUUGUUUCCAUGUAGAUGGGAAUGAAACAAAUGUUAUUGAGAAUUCUGAUUUGGAUCUCAUACCAAUAACUGAAGAAAGUAAAAGUCAUAGGAAAAAUGUAAUGAAAAGACUGUCCUCCAGUGAUAGUUCUCUGCUCUUGAAAGGUAAUGUAAAGAGUUCUUCAAAAAAAUGUAUUGCAAAGAAAAACAUUCAGGACAGAAAAACGAGGAAAGUUAAACAACCAGAAAAAGCAAAAGAUUCAGUUCACAAAAAAAGCAUGACUGAAGGAUCAACUGUUAAGACUGAGUACAGAAAUCAAAAGAAUAAGAUUUUAGAAGCAAGUUACUUAAGUGAGAAAACAGUUAAAAAUAACUUGAUUGAUUCUCACCUAAGCAUUAAAAAUAGUACUGAGGCAAUCUCUUUGAAUAACACAGUUUCUAAUCAGCUUAACAAAAGAGAGAAAAAGGGGAGAGUUAAAGUUAGUAAUGGCUCUCAGUCUCACUCCACCUUACAUUCGGAAAUAGCCUGUAAUUCCAAACCAGACAUUAUAGGAAUGAAUCAUAUGCCUGUUUCAUAUGCUCACUCUGAAAACUCCAAAGUCACUACUCCUCAAAAGAAGCCUACAUUAUACACGAAUGAAUUAAAAGAAAAACAUUGCUCAGCUAAUCAUUUGGGUCUUAUAGGUAGGCUAGAUCAAAUUUUGAGGAGGGCAGAUGAAGCAUCAUCUUUGCAGAGUCUACAGGAAGAAACCAAGGUUUGUCAAAACAUUCUCCCUUUAUUUGUUGGAGCUUUUGAAAGAAAGCAAGAAUGUUCACUUGAACAAAUCUUGAUUUCAAGAGAACUGUUGGUAGAACAAAACGUGUGGAAUAAUUGCAAACACAUAUUAAAACCGUGUGCUGUUGACUCCUUGGUAGAACUCCAAAUGAUGAUGGAAACUGUCCAAUUCAUUGAAAACAAAAAAAGGCUCUUAAGAAGUGAACCCACAUUCCGAAGCCUGCUUUGGUAUGAUGAGACAUUGUACAGUGAGCUGCUUGGCAAGCCACGUGGAUUUCAACAACAAUCCAAUUUCUAUCCUGCUUUUCAAGGAAGGUUAAAAUAUAAUGCGUUCUGUGAGUUACAGAACUAUCAUGAUCAAUUAAUUGAACUGUUUGAAGAAACCAAAAGGGAAAACCGUUCAUACUAUGCAGUCUUAAAAUACAAACGACAGAUUAAUGAAUGUGAGGCAAUAUUGAAGCAUUGUUAUGAUUGCUUUGACUUUUCUCUUUCUGUUCCAUUUACCUGUGGAGUUAACUUUGGAGAUAGUUUAGGAGACCUAGAAACCUUAAGAAAAAGCACUUUAAAGUUGAUCAGCAUGUAUGGGCACUCUCCUAAAGUUGAUUCCUGUCCAGGAAAACAAGACCAUCUGUGGAUUAUCAUUGAAAUGAUCUCCUCAAAAGUUAAUUUUAUCAAGAGCAGUGAGGCAGUAGGUAUUAAAAUAUCUCUUUAUGGUCUGGAACAUAUCUUUUUUGAUGCUGCGAAAAGUCUUGUUUGGAAAGAGAAGAGACAGUCUUUCAGCAAAAAAUGCUCAGGACAGAAGAACAAAGAAACACUACUCAGAAUGAAUCAACAUUCUUUUUCUAAGCUGCAAAAGAUAUGUGAUACAUUGUCUAAAGAUUUAAGCAGUGAACAAGUUUCCAACAUUGGACUUGAGAAUACUGUGAUUGCUUCCAGAAAGUCAAAUGAUCUAAUAAACAAAGCAACAAUUAGCAUAGAAAACUGUAGAUUUAACAAUAUGUUGCUUUCACACCCAGAUAUUUGUUGUAUUAGUGAAAUGUUGGAUCAAGCUGAAUUUGCAGACUUUGAAAAAUUACAAGAACUCACUUUGAAGUGUGCUGAUCACUUAGAAAAUUUAAAAAAGUACUUUCAUGUGCUGCAAGAAGAUAACUUAGAUAAUAUUUUCAUCACAGAAGAAAACGUUUUGGAUGUGGUAAAAAGUCACAACCACGAUGCUGUAAUUUUAAAACCUGAAGCUAUUGAAACCUAUAUUGAAAUUGCCAUGCUCUCUGAAACAAUGCAUUUUCUUAAAAACUCAAUGGCAAAGAAACUAGACAAACAGAGAUUUCGAGGUAUGCUUUGGUUUGAUUUGUCACUUCUUCCUGAUCUGGUUCAAUGCCAAGAAAAAAUGGCUUCCUUUUCAUUUCUUAAAGAUAACUCAAAAGAUUGUCUUUGGAAAGUGAUAGAGACUGCUAUUUCUGAAUGUAAGAAAGAUUUGGAUAUUACCUGCAAAUAUAAUGAAGCUGUUAAUUGCUCAUAUGCUCUUCAUUUGUUCUCAAGAGAACUGGAAGAACUUUCAGAAAUAAAAAAACUUUUAAAGAAGUCUAAGUAUUCAGUUUCCACAUAUAUUGACUUUGUGCCAUAUAUAGCAUCCAUAAAUUACGGAAGCACUGUGAUGGAGUUAGAAUAUAACUACAGUCAGUUUUCUACGUUGCUCAAAAAUUUAACGGCUUCCCCUCGGAAAGAUUUAGGGAAAAUGGCCCAUGUUAUGAAAGUCAUGAAAACUAUUGAACAUAUGAAGAUAAUAUGUGCUAAAAAUGCUGAAUUAACCGUUUCCUUUAUCCUAUGCCAAAUACUGCAUAAUAGAAAGAAGACUAAUGGUCUGAAGAGAAAAGAAAAAGUGAAUGUUCCUGUAAAACCUAGGAAGAAUAUCAGUAAAUCCAGUACUUGUAUGAAGGUAGCCUCAACUUCAGAAUGUGUUAUGAAAAAUGUUUCAAAUUCUUCUAAAAAACGACCUAUUACUUUAGACAAAUGUAAAGACUCUCAGAAACAAGAGAAAAGCACUACUGUUUCCAGCUGUAAAAAACAAAAGGUUAACAUGAAAGAUGUCACAAAAAUCAACAGAGAAAAGGCAACGUUCAAGCAUCCAAGGACCACAAGAUCUCAUCCCAGAAGUAAAAAUGAAAUAGGACCAAGUUCAUGUGACAAUCUGAAAAGAAACCACGUAUCUCCAAAAAAGGUUGAAAUGCAAAGAUCACUGCCUGGCUCAUCUUUACCUUUAAAGUACCUAAAAGACACUUGCAUGUUGAAGUUGGAGGGAAAAAUAGAUUUAACUAAUAUUUCAUCUGAUAUUUCAGAAGAUUUCACUGGACAACAGGAAAACUUAAAUAGCAUAAAGAGAAGAGAUCUGACUUUUAGUGCUGCUGAAACAAAAAGUGAUAAGGAUUGUCCUCCUGUAAUUUGUGACCAAAAAAGUAUAGAUGGCACACUUUCAAAAGAUGAUGAAACACCUUCCCAAAACUUACUUAAGAAUUUUUCAGAUCCUGCAGAGAAAUCUUGUCCCUCAGACAUAAAACCAGGAACUGAUGCUUCUCUUCUACCUCAUGCAUCAGUGCUUGUAAAGCCUAUUUUUCCUUUUGUGACAGAUAUCCAUGCCAAUUUAGAAAUGAAUGACACUGUCUUUGAAAGUCAGAAUAACGAAAUAUUAAAUUCAUCUAUUAAAAAUUCUACAUGCACCAAUUCUCCAGAACCCAUAUUUAUCCAGAACAAAAUUCCUGUUCUGCAAAUAAAUGAAACACAGCCUGCAAAAACUGAGUCAGAAGACAAAUAUGUGAAAGAUACAUUGAAUCCCAGUACUGUACCUGUUGAAGAGAAUAUAACUGUUAAUGUUGAUCAAACAGCAGAAUGCUCUUUUUAUGAGCAACGGAAUAAUGAAAAUUCAAAAAUCCUAACUCAGAAUGCUGCCGCAUAUUGGAAUGAACUUCCACAGCCUGCAUGUACCCCAGUAUAUAAUUCUUCUGCACACUCAUUUGGAACUUCAUAUCCUUACUAUGCUUGGUGUGUUUAUCAUUACAGUAGCAGCAAUGGCAAUUCCAUUACCCAAACUUACCAAGGAGUAACAUCGUAUGAAGUACAGCCACCUUCUUCUGAGAUGUUGACUGCAGUUCCAAGUACUAUACAAAAUACACAUUCUAAUCUUUUGUACUCUCAAUAUUUUGGUUAUUUUGCUGGACAGCCACAAGCAUAUAACUUUGUGCCAGCAAGUGGAUAUUGUCAAUCUCGAACGCCUGUUUCUGUCAAUUUUCAGCAGCCAGCUUUUUCACAGUAUGCUUCCUAUCAGCCAUUACCACAAGCUGCAUACCCUUAUCCUCCAGACUCAGGUGUGCUUCCAGAAGUUCCUUGGACUUAUGUUUGGGAUUAUAAAAAAGUUCUACAGAUCAUUCAGAAUGCUAGACUCUGGGAAGACAAUGUUGUUGAGAAAAGGCACAAGCUUCCCCAAUCCUCCAACAGGGCGCUGAAAAAGCACUGCAGGAGACUAAGGUGGGGACAAGGUUCCCAGAGAAAAGGGCGUGAAGAAAGAACAGGGAGAGCUCGGUCUGCACCCGAAGUGGGGGAAAACGAAGAGCGGAAGGAGGAAGCAAGUGGUGGAAUCCUUGCCUCGCUGGGGCCGUUUCUCCGCCGAGCCACACGGAGGCGCAACAUCCCUCCUCGCGUCCUUCGCCCUGGCGGCGGCGCAGCCUGCUCGCCUUUUCCCGGCGGAAAUGCCCGGGCGAUGACGGAAACCCGGAGGGAGGGAAGAGAAAGGGCGAGAGAGAAGAGGCGAGAGAGGCCAGCGGGCGGCAGGAGGCAGCGAGUGGCCGUCGUCGGGUGGGAGCUGCGCUGA